AUGACACUGAACUUGCAGUUUGGCUUAGAGAAUGGAACGGUGCUCUGCGCUAAGUGCUGCUUUGUGCGUGCAGCUGUACUUGGAGAUGUGGAUGUAGUGGCCUUCUCCCUGCAGCGGGGCUGGGCGAAGAGCUGCGCGGGGUAUUCUGCUGGACGGGAGCGGAACGGCUCCAUCCGAGCCAGCCGAGAGCCGGGGGAGCGGAGCGCUCUGCGGGGCAGCCCUCGCCUGAGGGCGCGCGGUGCUUGGCUCCUCGUGCCGCAGCACCGGUCCUGCAUCCAGGUACCGCAGUGCCCGCGUUUGGAUGCGCCGCGCUUAUUUCUUCUUCAAAAGACGUUGAUUCCCGAAGCGCCCGAACACUCGACCCGCGUUGGUAUUGUACUUUUUAUCAGCUAUGUGUGUGUACGGACAGUUAACGGACUCUUUCUUUUCCAUUCCUUCUCGCAGCGCAAUGCACUGCCAUCCUUUGGGUUUCUUUUUGACAUUGACGGUGUGCUGGUACGAGGAAAGACUCCAAUACCUGCUGCAAAAACAGCCUUUCAGAAGCUGGUUAACUCCCAGGGACAGUUCUUGGUGCCUGUAGUAUUUGUCACCAACGCAGGGGAUUGCCUUCGCCAGAAAAAAGCUGAUCAGUUGUCCCACAUUCUGGGAGUUCCAAUUUCUCAAGGCCAAGUGAUGAUGUCACACAGUCCGCUGCGGAUGUUCAAACGUUACCAUCAGAAAUGUGUUCUUGUAUCUGGACAGGGACCGCUUCUUGAUAUUGCCCAGGACCUUGGCUUCAGCCAGCCUGUCACCAUUGAGAUGUUGCGGGAGAAGUACCCUUUGCUCGACGUGGUUGACCAUGACAGAGCACCUGACGUUUUGUACCCCUCUGCUGUGGAGCUUCCCAAGAUUGAGGCUGUUAUUUUGUUUGGGGAGCCAGUCAGAUGGGAAACCAACCUUCAGCUGAUAAUAGACGUUUUGCUGACAAGUGGCUAUCCUGGCAAUCCGUACCACCAUGAGAAUUACCCUCAUAUACCUGUACUUGCUUGUAAUAUGGAUCUGAUGUGGGUAGCUGAAGCGCAAUCUCCAAGGUUUGGGCAUGGGACAUUCAUGGUUUGUUUGGAAAACAUUUACAAGAAGAUCACUGGCAAAGAUCUGAAAUACGAGGCCUUAAUGGGCAAGCCUAGUGAAUUGACCUAUCAGUAUGCAGAUUACCUUAUCAGGGCUCAAGCAUCAGAAAGACAAUGGAAGCAGCCCAUUCGAACACUUUAUGCUGUUGGAGAUAAUCUCAUGACUGAUGUCUAUGGUGCUAACCUUUACAAUCGCUAUCUUGAAGAGAAGAACUCCAGAAAAGGCUCAAAAACUUGGAUUCAGGCCAAAGUUGCUGGAGGCAGAGGGUCUGCUGCUCUCUCUCAGGAUGAUGAAAUAGACAGCAGCUGGGAGAAUGAACUGGCAUCUUCUGCUGCUACCCACUGUAGGUCUAUUCUUGUUUGCACUGGGGUUUACAACCCUCACACAGAGGUACCCUUGGAUACCAAGGAGAGCAGAACUGAAAUGGUGUUCCAUGGCCACAGAGAUUUUAGGUUUGAUCCUGGUUUAGUAGAACCAGAUCACGUGGUACCAGAUGUUAAUGCUGCUGUAGACCUGAUCUUCCAGUUGGAGAACUUUGCUCCUAAUUGAGAUGACAUGAUUUCCUCAGGACUGCUCAGUGCUACGCUUUUCUUCCCCUAAACUGUGCUUUAAAAUCGUGCCACAAACUGCUUUCUAAUUUUUUUCUUUUAAUUUAUAUAAUAUUAUAUAAAUAUAUAUGGAAGUAGAUAUAAGCACAAAUUAAUGUGCUUAAUAUACUUACUUUAAGAUUAUAUAAAUUUUAAAAUAUCUGUGCUUAAAAUACUUAAUAUAAGAUUAUGUAAGUAUAAGUAAUACUUCUAAAGUAUUUCAAACUGUGAUUUCUUGCUUUAGCUAUCCUUUAUUUGCAUCUUAUUAUUUUAGGUAUUCCAACAGUAAUUUUUCAUAAUUGUUGAUGUUUUGUUGGUACUUAAAUUCCUGCGUGACCAUUCAUUCUUUCCUUUCUUGAAAGAUUUCGCUUCUAGUUAUUGAAGGUCUUUGAAAAUGGGACUGGGGUCGUUCACGCAAUUACAAUUUGGUUGAUAGAGCAUGCAGUAUGUAUUCUGCAAGUAAUGAGCACUCUGUCAAAUAUGUUGCUUCACAUAAGAGUUGAAUUCAGGUAUCUUCUGUCUCUGUACUCACUCAGAUGUAACCAUGCAGGCUUUCUUUUUAUCUGUUUUCCAAUUUUUCCUGCAUUGCUGCUGUGCUCUGACACGUAAAGCCUUAAAAGAAAUGCCAGUAUAAAAUGAUGAAGGCUGAGUUGUUAACGCAAAUUUUGGAACUCCUGCUAACUGAACAGUCAUAAAGGAAAAGCAGCUAAUUGCGAGUGUCCCGUGUGGUGUAAUACCUGGCCUUUUUGUUGUUGCCUUUUUAUUUGCACUUCUGUGGGGAAUUUAGAAUUUUGGAAAGCUUUAGAAAUUGUUUUGGGCAUUUCAGCUGGACUUCUCCACUGAAUAAGUGACUGCUACUUGGGCAAAAAGACCCUACUAAUUUACUUGAAGUUUCGUACCACUGUGGUAGCUUACUGUCCUUGAGUGUAAUAUAUUUUGUCUUGCGUCAAUGUUACAUGUUUGGUUCAUGGAUUUUAUAACUGUUCAUUUUUUUAAAAAAUCGUAUUUUUAUAAAAUACUUCUAACCAUUUUAACCCAAAAGAUGUAUUUGAAAAUGUCUUCUGUGUUAAUUGGUUAUAACGCAGUGUACUUGUGAGAAAAGCUAUGUGUCUGUCCUCUAUUGCUUGGAAAACAUAAGUCAAUUAAGUGCUUAAAAAUGAAGUCAACUUACAUGGAAAUAUCAUGCAAAAAUCACCUAGGACUAGUCAAGUGUGGGAUUUGUUUUGUUUCACAAAUAGCAAAUGGUACAAACAAAUCUGAGGAUGUUCCAUUUUACAGAGUUCUUGCAGAAGUAGCAGAAUGCUACCUUACCAACAUUCACAGGCGGUGGUGUAAGGAGAAAUUACUUCCUGGCCAACUUCUACGCUGCUUAUUAUCCUGAAAUCAAAAUCUGAGUACUCUUCAUGUCAUGAAGAGAACAACAUUGCUCCCAUGAAGUCAGGCUUUUGUUGUGUUUUCUGUUUGCAUACCGCUCCAGUCACUUUCACUGCUGUCAGGAUUGUUGAUUAAUUCACUUGUUUCAUAAGUAGCUUUCAACAUACCUUGCUGGAUCCAGGGUUCUAAGUUUAAGGGCACUGUUCCAAAUAGUGUAUUUUACUUUUAUUCACUGGGAAACUAUUACAGCAGUACAUUCUUAUCUUUCAUACUGCUACAGCAAGCGAAUAUGUAUCUGUUUCUUUAUCUCUUUUCUGUAGUACACCAACUAUUUGUGGAACAUGCCAGAUGUUUUUAAGUAAAGAACUUUCAGGUUUUUAAGAUGUCAGGAUAAUGGAAGUUGUGUUAUUUCAGUAUCAAAGUAUGUCGCUGAAUUCUUUCUUACUGGAAACUGUUUCAGACUUUCAGUUAAGCAAGGAAUAAAAACGUAGAAGUUGAUGAAGAAUA